CUCAAGCAAAAAAUCCUUCAACUUGUCGCACGUUUCUCGAGCACGAUCCGCUCGAGACUGCGAUAACCUUCUAUUUAAUCACGGUGUCCCGAUCCCUCUCGGCCACACUUUUCACUUCUCCCCUCCGCUUUUCACUCGUCGCAGCCGGAUCUGCAGUUGAGCCUUGCUCGAAGCCAGCUUUUUGGCGAAUCACCGCAUUCUCACUCACACCGACCUCGCAAAAGCGCAAUUACGCUAAGAAAAAGAUGCCUCCCAAGAAGGCGGCGAAGGAAGAGAAGAUUCUUCUGGGCAGACCUGGCAACAGCUUGAAAAGUGGUAUCGUCGGCCUGGCUAAUGUUGGCAAAUCGACGCUCUUCCAAGCCAUCACAAAAUGCUCCCUGGGCAACCCUGCGAAUUUUCCUUAUGCGACCAUAGAUCCUGAAGAGGCUCGAGUUAUCGUUCCAGACGCUCGAUACGAUUGGUUGUGCCAACACUAUAAGCCCAAGUCUCAAGUACCUGCGAACUUGACAGUUUACGAUAUUGCUGGUCUGACCCGCGGUUCGUCGACGGGCGCCGGACUUGGUAAUGCCUUUCUAUCACAUAUCAGAGCCGUCGAUGCCAUCUUCCAAGUCGUGCGAUGCUUCGACGAUGCCGAGAUCAUUCACGUCGAGGGCGAUGUCAACCCUACUCGCGACCUCGAUAUCAUUUCCGAAGAGUUGAGAUUAAAAGACAUUGAGUUCGUCGAGAAGGCGAAGGAAAACCUUGCUAAACAAACACGACGAGGCGGCCAGAGUCUUGAGAUGAAGAAGCUGAAAGAAGAGGAAGCUACAGUCGACAAGAUUCUGGCAUGGUUGAAGGAUGGUAAGGAUGUCAGAAAGGGUGAAUGGGGUCCUAAAGAGGUCGAAGUCAUCAACCCUCUUUUCCUACUUACAGCCAAACCAGUCGUUUACCUGAUCAACUUAUCAGAAAAGGACUACCUGCGACAAAAGAACAAAUACCUCCCCAAGGUCAUGGAGUGGAUCAAGACCAACGCCGCCGGCGACCCCGUCCUGCCAAUCUCCGUCUCCUUCGAAGAGCGUCUUGCGACCAUGUCCGACGAAGAAGCUGCUGAGGAGUGCAAGACCCUCGGCUCGAAAUCUGCCCUGCCCAAGGUCAUCGUGACCAUGCGUCAAGCACUCAACCUGGCCAGCUUCUUCACAACCGGUACUGACGAGGUCCGACAAUGGACGAUACGGAAGGGUAUCAAAGCUCCUCAAGCCGCUGGUGUGAUUCACACGGAUUUCGAAAAGACUUUUAUUCAGUGUAUUGUCUACAACUACGACACAUUGAAGGAGUAUGGGGAUGAAAACGCCGUCAAGGCCGCUGGAAAGGUUAUGACGAAAGGAAAGGAUUAUGUUGUCGAAGACGGUGAUAUCCUCCUGAUCAAGGCCGGUGCGGCCAAAGCAUAAGAGUAUUCUUACUGCUGGAAGAUAUCACACUAAAGCAUGCCUCUAGGCGUGACUCCCUCGAAAGCUUCUUCGCAGCUCACGCAAAUACGAGGGACUCGAAUAAUGUUUCAAGGGCGCUGUAGUUGUCGGUUAUAUUCCCCGUCACACAGCAGAGUACUAUCAAUCAAACCUUGUGUCAACCAGA